AUGCCGACGGAUCAAGAGUCAUCAACAAUAUCCUUAAAUACUUCAAAAGUCCAUCUUAAUCCUAAUUCGCAUAAUAAAUUAAAUGGUCAUCAAAGAAAUGAAAGCUCAAACUCAAGAAGUUAUUCUUUUUUGGAUUAUUACGGAGCCGAAUCACCACCUCAAAUUAGUUCUGGUUCAACUACAAUUAAAAAAAUCAAUGGUUUAGAUACAGAAAGUGAGUCGAUAGAUCCCUCAACUUCUUUGGAUGUUUUGGAUCUCAAAGAUGAUACACUAUGUGCAGAUGGUGAUGUGAUAAAUAACCUGAAAUCGUUAGAUUCAGAACACAGGGAAAAUUAUAUACAACCAAUCAAUAUGGCAUCAAAGCUGGAAAUUUUGAAAUCAAAUUUUGAUAGGUAUGGUUUUAAAAAAGGAUCAACUUUGCAUAACAUCACCAUGGAAGAUUACAAUGAAUGGUUUAAUAUUUAUAGUGAUUCUGAACUUCGUCAGCUUAAAAAAUGGCAUUUAUUAAUGAAGCAUCAUGGAUUUCAAAUAGAAGAAAAUAAUAAUGAAGAAUACAUACCGACUAGGUUUCCUCCUAGAUCAGACAAAGUUAAAAAAAUGAUUAGAAAAGGUAUACCUUCAAGUUGGAGAGGUAAUGCAUGGUUUUUUUAUGCUGGAGGUUAUGAUAAAUUAAAUAAAAAUACUGGAGUAUAUGAGAAAAUAGUUGCAAAUACAAGAGGGAUUAAAAAUAAGGACACGGAAGUUAUAGAAAGAGAUUUAAAUAGAACAUUUCCUGAUAAUAUUUAUUUCAAUUCAAAUCUAUCAAAUAAUACUGAUUUGAAAGAAGAACCAAAUCUAAUUAAAUCAUUAAGAAGAGUUUUAAUUGCAUUUGCACAUUAUCAACCCCAAAUUGGUUAUUGUCAAUCGUUAAAUUUCUUAGCAGGACUUUUAUUAAUAUUCAUGACUGAAGAAAGAACAUUUUGGAUGUUGGUUAUAUUAACUGAAAAAAUAAUACCAAAAGUUCAUCUGCAAAAUUUGGAAGGUGUACAUACAGAUCAAGGUGUAUUGAUAUUAUGUAUAAAAGAAUAUAUUCCUUCAUUAUGGAAUAUAUUGGGGAAAAAUUUUGAUGGUGAACCAUUAGAAGAAGAUAAAAUUUUAAUUAGAUUACCACCAAUUACAUUAGUUACGUCUUCUUGGUUUAUGUCAUUAUUUGUUGGAAUUUUACCAAUUGAAACUGUUUUAAGAAUUUGGGAUAUUUUAUGGUAUGAAGGUUCUAAAACAAUAUUUAGAUUUUCAUUAACAAUUUUUAAAUUAUGUUUAGAUUCACCUGAUUUUCAAAUGAAUUCUCAAAAUGGAUCAUCAGAAACUGAACAAAUUGAAUUAUUUCAAUUUAUGCAAAGUUUUCCAAAAAAGCUCUUGGAUUCAAAUUUAUUAAUUGACUGUUGUUUCAAAAAAAUUGGUGGUUAUGGAUUUGGAUCGCUAUCACAAGAUGAAAUUAAUAGAUGUAGAUCAUUUGUUUCUAAACAAAGAGAAAAGAUUAAUCAAAAGAAUAAAAAUAAAAGUCUUACAGAAAUGACAGAUGAAGAAAAAACAUUAAUAGGUAAUGAUAUUCAUGAUAUUUAUGGGUUUAAUAGAUCAAUAAUGAGUGGAAUGGUUUGGAAUAAAAAUAUUAGGAAAAAAUUAAGUAGUCAUAAAAAGAAGUAA